UUCUAUUGUUUCUCCCGGAAGUAAGAGGAACGUGUGCAGUUCGUUGAUUUGUUGAUGUUUUCUGUGUAGACUGCAAAGAUUAUGGAUGACGACAGUUCUGAUGGCGAUCUCAUGCAACCUGCUCUUAUAAUCGAUGGCGAUGGAAUCGGGGAUGAGUUCAAUCUCGAUAUACCUCCGACAUCAGGCAGUGAAUAUCUCAAACGAGUUCGACAAGAAGCCAAAGAUUGUCCAAAAGUAGUAGUUGCUCAAGUGGAUCAGGCCGGAUUUCGUCAAACAGUUCUGCUAAAUCAGGUAACAAGCUGCCUCCCUGCUCCUAAAGGAUUUUCUUUUGACCUAGCUUGGCAACGUACUCAGAUUGCUAACUUUGCAGAACUGCGCCAGAACUUGGCAAGACAAAAGGCUCUCAGAAAAAAACAGCCACUCAUUGAGCAAAAGAACUUGCCUGCUGGUAAUGAUGUGGAGGGUUGGUGUCGACUGUGCUUUGGGAGGCUGCAACCACCAGGUUCAAGGCCACAGGAAGUGGUACCAGAGGAGGUUGAAGAUCAAACACACAAAGGAACUCUUCCUUUCCUCAGCAUCGUCAUGGCAAUGGAUCAGUCAGUACUGGUGAAGGUUCUGGAGUAUCAUGUCAACUGGUUUGAGGCCACUGGCUUUACAGAAAGACAGGGUUGCUGGUUCUAUGCCCUGUUAGCCUGGCUACAGAAACCUCUGAUACCUGAAGCCUGCUCCCUCUUACGGUCACUGGCUAGAGGGGCAGCAAAUCUCAGAGCUACUCUGGACUCCGUAGAUAAUCCCCACCUGGUGCCUCUAAACCUGUUCAUCUGUUUAGUGUCUCGCUACUUUGACCAAUCUGAUCUAGCUGACACCGGAUCCUGACACCGACAAGAAAUUGUAGACUAAGUCAACUUCUUGUUCAAGCCCACACAAAGAUGUCAUUCUUCCUACUACCGAGGCAUCAAAAGUGAGGGAGGAAUGUAAAUUUCAGAAUCAUGUCAGUUCAGACUUCUUGAAUUUGUGCCUCAGGCUUAGCAAGCUCAUCUGAACUGGAGAUUCAAAUUUAUCUUUAAGAAUAGAUUACAAAACUGUUAUGAAAUACAGCCACUUGCCACUGUAAAUCUGGUUGUAAAAGAAUGUUUCAUAAACUAAUGAUGUUUGUCAGUUAGUAGUUUGAACUUGAAAAACAUUAAUUUCAUCAGACAGAAUUUAUUACCAUACUGCAAGAAACUGGAAAGAUUACAUAUACUAACUUGACUACAGAGGAUAUCAAGACAUUUUCUAUAAGGACACCAUCUUCCUGAUGUGUAUGUGGUGUUUUAAACAAUGCAGCUUGUUAUUAAGUCAUCAAGUAUUUUUAGAAUGAGAGGUGCGAUCAUAUGUAGGUAUGUGGACUUUUUAAUACUUGUAUGUGUGUAGUUUGAAAGUUCGGAGGGUCCCGGGUUCAAACCCCCGGUUUGGUCGUGCAUUUUUUCAGCUCCUUCUACACAUGUACAUGCUGUCGCUUGUGAUAGAACAAGAGAAUCCAGACGCUCUACUGCUGAGCUAUAUGGAAAUUUCCUGUAGCAAACUUCAGCAAGGAGAUUUUGACACUAUGUGUUAUGCACAAGAUUUACAAAUUUGUGAUGCCAGAGAAUAUAUGUGAAGAGUAUGGAAAUAUGUGGUUGUGAAUGUAUAUAUGGAGUCUG